CCAUCCCGUACAAAACCCUCAACCACCCGUCGUCCGCCUCCCUCCCGCCAUCCCCCCGGUGUCCCCAAUUGAGCCAGCCACCACCCACAUAUCAAGAUGCUCGUCCAAUUGUCCAGAGCUACUCGCGCCGCUUCGGCUGUCUCUCGGCUGGCGAGGCCCAGCGCCGUCCAGAUGAGGGGAUUCAUCGCUCCCACCGUCUCCCGCAGAGCCGACUUCGUCCAGGAGCUCUACCUCAAGGAGCUCAAGGCCUACAAGCCCAUUCCCAUCAAGGAGUCCGACUCUCAGGGCCAGGUCCAGACCUUCUCCCUCCCCGCCACCCCUAAGUCUCCCGAGGAGACCGACCUCGCCGCCAGCCUGAAGGAGUACGAGAGCAUGGCCGUCGAGGUCGAGGGCCAGGAUGCCACCGCUUCCGCCACCGGCGAGCCCGUCAAGCACGACUGGCUCAUGAUUGAGGAGGACGAGGAGAAGCCUCAUCACUAAACCGGUUCCGGAGACCGUUUAAAAGCGUUAUUGGAAAGAAAAACAAAAAAGUUUCAAAACGAACCACAACCGUCCCGGAUUUCCCCCCACACCCGAAAAGAUAACAACGUCAUCAACCCGGAAGUGAUGGGAGGGAAAAGUGCUUUUCCAACCUUGCUUCUGGGUUUGUAACCUUUGCCGCUUGCUCCGAC